AUGGCCGUCCAAGAUGGCGCGUUUCUGCGCAAGAGAGCCGCUGGCCGGGCAAAAUCGGCCAGAAAAUGGAAACGGGCACGUGCCCUUGAUGAUGAUGGAUCGGAUACCGAUCAAACUGGAGAGUCGGACUCGGAUCCCCCUGAUUACGCCUCCUAUGAGGAAGGGGUUUCCGGCGAUGAGGCGGAGUUCAACGCUUCGGCGCUUCCUCCGGGUGAGGGGCAGGACAUCUGUGAUCCUCAGGGUUACCCCCUGUUCAAUCCCGAUGACCUUCGCCACCCUCGCUCAGCGGAAUGGGACCCGCCCGCGCAUAUUGCCAAUUAUCUGGCGCUUCGUAUGCAUACCCCCUUUCCAAGGAGGGGCGCAGUUAAUUGA